AUGGCACUUUCAUUCGCUAGAAGAGCGCAUUAUGUCGCCAAAAGGAAGAACGACAAUGUUCUCUCCCUUAUAUAUCCUAUUUCUUCUGUCCUCUUAUACAGCAAUAAUUCGAUCAUUAAUUUUUCUUCCUCUCAAAUUCAUUUCUUAGCACACGGGCACCACUCUCUUAACCGUUUAUCUCUUCCUUCGCUCUUCUUUUCUAUCUCCUUCAAAUCUGUUUUAGCCUCUGAUUUUAGCGUUUUUUCAUUUCCUUCCUGUAACUUAGAUAUUUUUUCCGAUAUUUUUCUUUCUUUUCGUUUCUGCUCGUCUAUCUGCGUCUUUUCCUUUCAUACAUAUUACUUUAGGCUUACUUUUUUUCCCCCGACAGAGAACUCUAUACCUGAAUGCUAUGUUUUUGCUUAUUUUUGGGGGUUUUUUUUCUCUCAUCUCCUCUCUCUCUCUCUCUCUCUCUCUCUCUCUCUCUCUCUCUCUCUCUCUCAUCUGAUCUCCUCUCUCUCAUAUCUCCUUUCUUUUUCUCUCUCUGUUAUCUCAUCUCCUUUCUCUCUCUCUUUCUCUCUAAUCUUAUCGCCUUUCUCUCUCUCAUCUCCUUUCUCUCUUUCUCUCUCUCUCUUUCUCUCUCUCUCUCUUUUUCUCUCUCUCUCUCUCAUCACAUCUACUUUCUCUCAUAUCUCCUUUCUUUUUCUCUCUCUGUUAUCUCAUCUCCUUUCUCUCUCUCUCUUUCCCUCUAAUCUUAUCGCCUUUCUCUCUCUCUCAUCUCCUUUCUUUCUCUCUUUCUCUCUCUCUUUUUCUUUUCUCUCUGUCUCCUUUCUCUCUCCCCACCUCCUUUCAUUCUCUCCUCCAUUCACUCUCUCCCCUUCAUCUCUCUCUUCCUUUCUCUUUCCUCCUUUCUCUCUCCCUCCUCCUUUCUCUCUCCCUCCUCCUUUCUCUCUCUCGCUCUCUCAUUAUCCACCUUUCUUUCUCACUCUCUCUGUAUCUAUCUUUCUCUCUCUCCUCCUUUUUCUUUCUCUCCUCCUUUCUCUCUCUCCUCCUUUCUCUCUCUCUCUCUCAGUUCUUUUCUCUCUCUCUCUCCUUCUUUCUCUCUUUCUUUCAGCUCCUUUCUCUCUCUCAGCAAGCUCCUUUGUCUUUCUCCUCCCCCUCUCAGCUCCAUUCUCUCUCAACUCUUUUCCCUCCCUUUCUCAGUUUCUCUCUCUCUCAGCUUCUUUUCCCCCCUCUCUCUCUCCCUCAGCUUCCCCUCUCUCUCUCUCUCUCUGCUCUAUUCUUCCUGAUCUCUACAGUCCCUCCCCGUCUUUCCUUUUACUUUAUCUUUAUUCUUCUGAUUCUUAA